UUCCGUUUCACCAGAGUGAGAGCGCGCGGAAAUGAAUUUGAUAAUACGAAAAAAAGUCCACCCAACUUUUUAUUUACAUUUAUACUGAACACUGAAGGUAGAGUAUUCAGAGGAAUGGAUCGGUACGUGCUAGUUGUUUCUUUUAACCAAGAAGAGGAUAAAUGCGCGAAGGCAUUGGAGGCUGCCAAACAGAUCUAUGAUAAACUGGGGAGCAUCGCCAGUUGUAAUUCAAAACGGAGAGUUUCUCUGUUUCCAGCCUGCUCUCUGAGUGGUGGUCCAGCCUCACAGAGGUGGUAUUUUGCUGUCCAGACAUGCCAUGGGACAUCUCAGUUCUGCAGUACAGAGUGGGAGGAGCUGGGUAGUUGUCAGAAGAACGAUGAGCAGGAGGAAAGCCCCAGCACUAUGGAGGCCUGUCUCAGUGCUCUGGAUGAGCAGGAGGAGAAGACUGACCAGCCUGACCCACAGCAGACACAGUUAUAUGAAGAGGCAGCAGAGGGAUUACACCUGUUAUCAGACCAGCUUCCCCCUCCAGGAAAGGCUCUGUUAGAUGUGAUAUUUCUGGGUUUUGCUGAAGAAGCUCCAAAGCUGAAGGACUUCCUCCCUGUGAUUGGCUCGUUGAAACACAUGCAGACAUGGCACACAGCCAAGAUGACCAUAGUGACUGAACACCACGCUGGGUGGCAGGAGCCAGCCUCUAACCUGUCAGCCAGAGUAGUACAUCCCAGUAGCAUCAUGACCUGUAUUGAUGAGAGGGAGUUAUGGAGAGGAGGUGUUCUCAUCAGAGAGAAAAAGUUUGCCUCUGAGGUGAGGUUUGAAGGCUUCUCCCUCCGAGCCCAGGAUAGAGAGACAUGGUACAGCCUGCUGCCUUCUGAUCCAGGAUCCCAUAACAACUCUGACCACAAGCUACACUCAGAGACGAACUCUGACCACAAUCUACAGUCGGAGGUGUUCCAUUACUUCCGGUCUGUUCUAGACCUGGUUCAGUUGGUGACGGUGUCAGAUAUUCCCAGCUUCCUCCGCUCCAGCACAGAGUUUCACCUAGAACUAUCCUCCAAAUCACUGAGAGAUAAACGGCUCCUUGAUCAGUUCAGAUCACUGUCUGGAAAGGUAGGGGCACUGUUCUCUCUAUCCUGUACGGUCAGCUCCAUGGCUCUACCCCCUGCCUCUCAGCUCAGCUCCCAGAAGUGGAAGGACUUCAUGGCUAAGAGACCCAAGACCGUGCCUGUUCCAUAUGUGGAGGUGAAGGGUGAGAGCGGACACUACUUCCUGUUGGUCCAGGGGUCAGAGGGCGGAGGCUGCAAGGCCCGCAUGAUACACUCAGCCAAUCAGAUCAAUGGAGCCGCUGCCAUGGCAACCAUCAAUGGGCUUCUGAAAGAGAAUUCUGUGUCGUCUUCAGGUUCCACCACUACAGACUGGCUGCGCUCCCUGCCCUGUCUCCAUGGAGACCAACUGCUACAGAGGGAGAGGAAGUUGGCCGAGGUGCAGACUCUGGUCCUAAAGGAGUGCCUGAGACGUAGAGAAGAGGCAGAGAAGCCAGCUUCAAUACCAGUCAAUGACCUGAAGAUCUUGCUCAGCCUGGCCAGAGAACAGUACCUCAAGAUGCAUGACUCUACCCUGCCUAAAGACUCCAGUCUGCCCAGAGUUGAGCCCUGUGGAGCAGAGGAGAUGAACCUCAAGACUACAGAGUUCAUUAAACACUCCCAACAUGCUGAUUGGCCAGAGAGAAGUGUUCUGCAGAACUAUGAGAACCUCCAGAGGACUCGUCAGAAGCUGAGGUUUGGUCUGCUGUCUGGCAGCUCAUCUGACUGUCUGCUGGGGCCUAAAGAUGUCCAGGGCCAGAGAACCACCCCAGCCUUGCUGGAUGCCAAAGAGCUGCUUAGACACUUCACACCAGAUGGCCUGCCCACCGGAGAACUGCAGCCUCUAUUAGUCCAGAGACUAGGAAACCACUCCAUUCAGCAGACAACUAUUCAGUUAGGAUGUUCCAGACACCAUGUAGCGACGAUGAUUUCAUGUGGCUGUCUACCUCUGAUAUGCAUUCGAAUCAAAAGGGGAAAUGCAUUCCAGAUGUCUCCAGACUUGACCCCCAGGAAAGUGACCCAGAUCCCCUUCAGCCAAGCAGCCAGCUCCCACUACCAUGGACUAGAGUUCUGUCUGGACGAGCAGGGCCACAAGGCCUUGGACCGGGACCAGGGCUUCGUCCGGCUGCAGUCUCGUCUGAUUCGCUACGAGACCCAGACCACCUGCUCCAAGGAACCUUGCCCCGUCCCCUUCGCCUUAAGCCCCGCCCCCUCGCCGGCCGUGCUGUCUGAACCAGGAAGUGUCCCGGACGGAGAGGCCCUCCUCAACUCAGACCUGCCCAGGAUCAAGAGACGAUCCUGGGAUACAGACGCCACCCACCCCCAUAAGAGGCUGGCCAAGUCGGAGAGCAGUGAGUCCCUGGGCUCUGUCUGCAGUGGCAGCGGUGGAACUGAUACCCACCCAGCUGUGAGAGGCUUGAGACCGCAGAAAAACCAGGUCUCAGUCCUCCUCCUCCUCAGUCUCAGCCCUAAGAAUGGGCCCCCGCGGGCCAGAGAAGCACCACCCUGACCCCAAAACAGCCACAGAGCCCCCCAGGGCCAGGGACACAGACAGGGGCAGGCAGAGGACAAGGCCAGCAAGGAGUCUCGCUCCCAGAAACAUGCCCGGAUGCUAGAAGAGGUUGUGGCGAAGACGCUGAAGCAUCAUGGGAUCACCAGAGAACACAAGAAUCUUGCCGCCUGCAGUCAAAGACUGUUUGAAAUCUCCAAAUUCUAUCUGAAGGAUCUGAAGACGUCCAGGGGCCUUCAUGAGGAAAUGAUGAAAGCAGCCAGCAGCAAUGCCAAGCAGGUCAUUGACUGGGUUACGGAGCGGGCCUCUAAGUGACGAGGGAAGUUAAACAAUCACUAGUGGUUUUAGACUGGUUUUAUAGUCACGGCAAACCGCAACCAUCAGUGGAAUGUAGUUUCACCACAGGAAACAUCAGUACAGUCUGUCAGGAUGUGAACGUGUGAUUAGCAUGUUUGUUUGUGUCUUAAGAACCUCAGUGACUGUCAGUUGCCAGGCAACCAUUCAUUGUAAUUCCAUUGUUUGUUUUAAUGAGUUCUCUCUUAUGUUGUUUUAAUAGGAAAUUCCACAAACUGGGAGGUUUGUCUUUUCGAUGUGUUUACAUGCUUUAUUUAACAUGUGUGUAUGUCUCUGUUUGUUGUAAAGCAUUGGUAGAAUUGUAGAUAUCACUAUUUCUUUUAGUUGUGCCAUCAAUUUGAUGAAAUCUAAUAAAAUGUGUUUUGUGAUCUU